AACCUCUCUCUUUCCUGUGUUCCUUUUUUUUACCCACUUCUUGCCCUUGCACCCACCACCGGAGAACAAGAAUUCGAUCCCAUUCCGCACCCACUCGCGCGCGCGCCGAGAAUUUCCACCGCCGAUCCGGCCGACAGCAAUGGCCUCUUCCGCCGGCCAGGGCCUGGCGUCGCUGCCGCCGAUCAAGACGGCGCCUUUGGCCCCCUCGCUGCCCGCCGACGCCGCCUCGGCCUCUCCGUCGCCGGCGUCGUCCACGCAGGAGUCGGCAGCAGCGGAGGACAAGACGAAGGCCGCGGCGGCGGAGGAGAAGAAGGAGCCGUCGACGCCCACGUCCAAGGACUGCAGGAUUCGGCUGCCCAAGGAGUGCCCGCCGGCGCCGCGCAAGCCGCCGGCGCCCCGGCUCCCGGCGGUCAAGCGGAAGUCGCGGCCGACGCUGACGACGACGACGACGGCGCGGGUGUGCCUCGCCGUCCCGCGGGACCUCUCCACCGUGUUCCGGUCGAUGCCCAUGCCCAUGCCCAUGCCCGCCGAGAAGCGGAUCCGGGCGUCGUGAGGCCGCGAUCUGGCCGCCGCGCGAGAAUUGGCACCGGCCUCCCUGUCCGGUCGAUCAAUCCCAUGGAGAAUUCUCCCAGUUCUCUCGCUCCCUGCUUCUUUCUCUCCUCUCCGUUCUUGGGUGCGUGGCCAUGGUAUAAAUUAUGCUUCUGUCUCCUCAUCAUAUACAUAAAUAAGGUGUUGUUCUUAGAAUUUCAGUAUGUGUGCUUCCUUCUUGCCAUGGCUCUGUGAAAUACUGAUGCAGCAGCUGUAUAAUAAAGUACAGUAGGUUGCUAAUUACUUACUGGGCGGAGGUCGUUAAUGGCGGAAGAAGGUUGUAAGAAAAUUCAGAGAGAUCCCGGUGAUUAAUUAAUUGUGAUAGCUACCA